AUGGCGGGUUCUGUGAACGAAAAGGGGAUUAUUCCUUUGCACAUCCUGGCCAGCAAACCCCCCGCCCUCCAAAGCACACUAACUUUAGAUGCUUCAGCAAGCUUGUCUACACCUGUCGUCGUCGUGGGACCAAAACAAAAGCGGAUCCAGAAGACCCAUGUGAGGAAGAUCAUGAUGGGAUGGGAGGAUAUAAGGAAGCAGAAAGAGAAGCACGUUUGGUGUGGUCACAUACUGGAGGCACUUUGGGAGCAUAAAAGUACAGCAUACGUUGAAGGUGGAGGUGCGCCCCAACGCCUUCUCUCCGUCCUAUAUUCAUCCGACGAAGAUGACGACCAAGAAGAAGAAUUCGCCAAUCCUUUUAACAAUGAUCGUCUCAAAUCAGGUGAUGAUAUUAUAAUUGCAAUUGCAGCUGAUGACACUCAUAAUGAGCGGGAAGAUAAUAAACAGAAUGUACAGCUGACUCAGAUUGAUGUUCCUGACCAUCAAAGCAAACAAAAAGGGUGUGAAGAGAGGGAAAAUGGUGGUGGGGACAAAAGAGAGCCAGAAUUGCUUAUUGCAGCCAAAAAUGGAGUAGUUGAGAUAGUGAAGAUAAUUUUGAGGGAUAAGCCUGGGGCCAUCUACCAAACCAACUCUCAGGGCCGAAAUGUAUUGCAUGUGGCUGUUGAGUUCCGGCAACCUCAUAUAUUUGAGAUCCUUAGGAAAGAGAAGUCGUGGGAUGUCCUUAUUCACUCAGGGGAUUUUGAUGGCAAUAAUACAUUGCACAUAGUAGCAAAGUCCAAACUGCAGAUUCAGGGCUCCAGCGCCUUGGAGAUGCAAGAUGAAAUCAAGUGGUACGAGCAUGUGAAAUCAUUGCUGCCAUCCUACCUCACAGUCCUAACCAACCAAGAAGGUGAAACUCCUGAAGAAACCUUCCUCAGAGAGCAUAAAGAUCUUGUCCAAAAGAGUGAUGAAUGGCUCAGUCCUACUUCUGAAUCCUGCUCAGUGGUGGCUGCGCUGGUGGCCGGAGUUGCCUAUGCAACAUCCAGCACCGUACCGGGGGGCAACGAUGACAAGACUGGCAAACCAACCUUAGAAGGACGUCCUGGAUUUGAUAUUUUCGCUAUCUCUGCACUAAUUGCCCUCAGCUUUUCUGUCACUGCACUCAUCAUGUUCCUUUCUAUACUCACCUCUCGAAAACGUCCCGCUGAUUUUAUGAAAAAAUUGCCAGUGAAACUUCUUCUGGCCUUAAGCUCAUUGUUUGUGUCUAUUUUCUCAAUGUUCAUCUCUUUCUGUGCAGCGCAUUCCUUUGUGCUUGAGGACAAGUCCAAGACAUCAGUACUCCCUCUUUAUGCUAUCAUUUGUCUUCCUGUUUCCUUCACAAUUGCAGAGUUCCCGCUCUAUAUGGAUCUUUUCAAAGGCAUUUUCAUGAAAGUUCAACAACCGUACGAUCAGAGACGUAUUUAG